AUGGGCAUCUCAGGCCUUCUUCCGCUGCUCAAAUCAAUUCAUCGUCCCAUCGAGCUCAAAAAGUAUGCCGGCGAGACCUUCGGCGUCGAUGCCUAUGGCUGGCUCCAUCGAGGUGCCGUAGCCUGUGCCAUGGAGCUAGCCCAGGGCAAGCCAACUCGGAAAUACGUGGACUUUGCCAUGCACCGUGUUAGGAUGUUCAAGUACUUUGGUGUUACCCCGUAUCUGGUGUUCGACGGCGAUUUCCUGCCCAGCAAGGCAAAAACCGAAGCUUCCCGUUCCAAGCGCCGAGAAGAAACCAGGAAGGCCGGACUCGAGCUCUUGAAGGCUGGCAAGCCGUCGCAGGCUUAUGUCGAGCUCCAGAAGGCCAUUGACGUCACGCCCGAAAUGGCUCGUCAUCUGAUCGAGGAGCUUAAAAAGGCCGAUGUCCCGUAUGUGGUCGCACCGUACGAGGCGGACGCUCAGAUGGUCUACCUCGAACGCCAAGGUCUAAUCAGCGGCAUCGUCUCGGAAGAUUCGGACCUGUUGGUGUUUGGCGCGAAGCGCCUCCUGACCAAGAUGGACCAACACGGUCAUUGUAUUGAGAUCAACCGGCGAGACUUCUGCGCCGUCCGUGAGAUUUCUCUUACCGGUUGGACGGAUAACGAGUUUCGGCAUAUGGCUAUUUUCAGCGGCUGCGACUACCUCGAUGGCGUGAACAACAUCGGCCUAAAGACUGCGUAUCGGUUGAUUCGGAAGCACAAGACCCCCGAACGCAUCGUCAAAAUGCUGCGUUUCGACGGCAAACACCAGAUCCCCGAGACCUACCUUCAGGAUUUCAAACAAGCCGAGCUCACCUUUUUACAUCAACGUGUAUUUUGUCCUAAAAAACGGGAUAUUGUUCUCUUGACAGACCCGGAGCCCUCAGUCAAUGUCGACGACAUGCCAUUCAUCGGAGCGCCGGUCGAGACGGAGAUGGCUCGGUCUAUCGCCGCUGGCGAUGUCAAUCCCAUUACCAAACAACGUAUUUUAAUUCCGCGGUCUCCCGGGAAGAGGAGGAUCAGCCAGGCUCUUGCCCCAGCGAGCGGACCACCCAGAAGCCUUGGAAAACCGAUUAGCGAGUUCUUCAAGGACAGGAAUUCCCGUCGGAUACCUCUCGGUGAAAUGGACCCGAACUGCUUCGCCGUAGAUUCGGAUCCGAACACCAGUACACCGGUUGAGGAGGCCCCCCGCCCAAUCGUGUUCCCACUUCCACGGCCAUAUGUCGAAGGUGUGGAAGAGGCUUCGGCGAGUCCGGCCCGACCAUAUACCAGCAAUUCUUCUCACGUGCUUCGUCGAAGGACGGAACCUAUCUCAAAGUUGCUCGGUCUAGAUAUAUUCGAGUCAUCAACGCAUCGUCGUCGGACAGCCGGCCCAGCGAUCCAAGUGUAUCAGGACCCGGUGUCUUCCAGCAGGCCGCCGAAGAAAGCCCGCCUAUGUGACGACUCGGCCUUUGCCGGAGUUCCCAGUGUAACCCCAGAAAAAAGCAAAUUCUUUUCCGCGAAGACGCAAAAGAAGCCUGCGAGGAAGAAGGCGGACGAGUUUUUAAUGUCGGAUGAUUCAAUCGAAGAGGCAUUCCGGAGUCUCCCCGACCCCUCAUGGCGCUCUGACAAACCAACCACGCCAGCUGACGACAUCGCCAUUUUCCAUGAACCAUCUCCUAAGAAACAGAGAGAAACUGUUCUUCCUCCGGAGACGUCAAUCGACAACUGCGACCAAAACUCGGAUGAUGCGGUAGAAGUACCGGAGUCAUCGCCUGUUCAACACGGACCAGACGAGGGGGAUAGCGGCGGCCAUCCCGCAUCGAUGACACCGCUGGGGGAGCUGCUGAAAGGGUUUUCGUAUGACAUGGCACAGCCCCGAACCCGGGUCGUCCACGGGCUACCUACGCCGGCAUCUAGUAUCCAGCAAACGGCGACCCCAAAGCAUAGGAGCCCGAGGGGCGCGCAAAUCCCCAUGCCGACUCCCCUACAACGACUUGGAACUCGGGCGUUGCGACGUGGAAAGUCCCAGUCGAUGCCCUUGACCCCGCCGGCAAGCAACAGUUCCAAGCAGCUCGACUCGUUACCUGUAAACCCGGCAUUCAUCCCUUUGCCAAGAGUAGAUGUCGUGGAGGUUGAAGCGCUGAACAUGUCCCUGGGUAGCGAGGAUCAAAUUAUUCCUGGUAGCGACAGCGACGAUGAUGGUCAUGAUGUUGGGGGCGGGGCGGAUGAAGAUGUUGGAUGUGCGCCUUGGUCUCUCGGUCACAGACCUACCAUUUACCAAUGGAGACAAGUGCGGCAUUGGUUGUGUUGUAAGCGCCCGAUGCAAACCGUCCUCACCAAAGCAAACGUUCGCCGACUGAUCCUUGUUCGCUUGUACCAGGAGCGCCUGCGCGAUCAUGCAAAGGCCUUCGAUGGCCUUCUUUCUCUAAUCCCAGCCAAGAUGUACUACGGGGAAGACACAAGUGACCAGUGGCGGAAAAAGAAACAGACCAAGGACGAAGCCAAGGCCGCCAAGCGGGGGAAGCUCGACCCAGACAGCGAACUCAACCGCAAUGCGAAGGAGGUGCUUGACGAGCGGGCGCGGAAUAAGCGCAAGCUGCGAGAGAUGGAGGCUCAGGAGGAGAGCGAGGAGGGGUCUGGACAAGACGACGACAGUGACAUUUCCGGUAUCGAAAGGGAGAAGCCUGGGGAGGGGCUGAAGAAGAAGCUGAAACUGGACCGGGACGAGGAGCAAGAGGAGGAAGUGGAAGAGGAGGAAGAGGUGCCGAAAAAGCAGAAGGUGGUAGAGGCAACAGCACAAAAUGCCGACGAGCCUGCUCUCAGCAAGAAAGCUCAGGCAAAAGAGAAGAAGCUGGCCAAGAAGCAGAAGCAGGAGGAAGCCAAGAAGGCAAAGGAAGAGAAUCCCAAGAAGGCGAAGAAGGCAGAGAAGGCUAAGAAGGUUGAGAAAGUCGCCGUCGAGGAUGAUGAGAGCACGGCCGAGGCGUCCACAACGGACGAAGCCCCCGUGCAGCCAUCUGCUGAAGCCGAAAGUGACGACGAAGUUUUGGCGCCCAUCGACGUAUCGGGACUCGCAAACGAAGAAGACACAUCAGCGGAAUCAACGCCCGAGUCACCCACUUUUGACACAGCCAAGAACACCUCAGUCGAACCCGCGAGCACCACGACCUCGAUAUCCUCCGCUGUUCCGCCAUCAGAAAAGCCCAAGUACCUUAAGAUUCCUGCCGACACCACUGCGCUUCGCGCCCGCCUCGAGGCUAAGCUCAUGGCCCUUCGCGCCGACCGCAAGGCCGACGAUUCCGAGGGCAAGCCCAUCCGUACAAGGCAAGACCUAAUCGAGUCGCGGCGUGAGAAGCAGGCCCAGCGGAAGGCCCACAAGCAGGAGAUGCGCCGGUUGGCUAAAGAAGAGGAGGACAGGAAACGGGAGGAAGCGCUCAACAGUGCGCGCAACUCGCCCGGGCUCAGCCCCCUGUUCGACCAAGACGACGACCGCAACGCCAACCACUUCGCCUUCGGCCGCCUCGCCUUCUCCGACGGGACCGAGCUGUCGCACGACCUAAGCUACGAAAAGGGUCCCGCCAACGCCAAAAAGAAGGGACCCUCGGACCCCAAAACGGCGCUCCUAAAGCUCGAGGCGCAAAAGAAGCGUGUCGCAAACAUGGAUGAGGACAAGCGCAAGGAGGUGCUCGAAAAAGAGACAUGGCUGGCCGCGCGCAAGCGCGCCGAGGGCGUCAAGGUUCACGACAACGAGUCGCUGCUCAAGAAGGCGCUGAAGCGCAAGGAGAAGUCGAAGAAGAAGUCGGAGCGCGAAUGGAAAGACCGCGCCGAGGACGUCAAGACAUCAAUCCAGCAGCGCCAGCGCAAGCGCGAGGAGAACCUCCGCAAGCGCCGGGACGAGAAAGCCGCCCACAAGUCGGGCAAGAAGAAGAACAAGGGCGUACAGACCAAGAAGAAGAACCGGCCUGGGUUCGAGGGCGGGUUUGGCGGUGGGCGGAAAUGA